AUGUACAAAUCCACCACACUUCAACAUAAUUUGGAAAGACUAGAUUUACGUUACGCAGAAAAAAUAGACCUAAACAGUUUUGAGAGUUACCAAAAACUUCAAAUUAUUCUUAUAGAAGAAAGAGAUCAAUCCUUUUAUUUAAAAGAGGCAACUAAAGCAAAUGUAACAGCUUUUUUGUGUUUUGGAUUUGAAUCCUAUUGUUUCUUUAAUCUUGGAAUAAAUGGGAAACGUUGUCCCAGCAAAUGUAAUUGUGGAUUUAUUAAAUCCUCCCCCUAUGAACUUAUCAUAAAUUGCAAUCAACAAGGGAUAUUAGAAAUUCCAGAAUUGCCUAUCCCAAUUAUAGGCACAGCACAUCUAUAUUUUGAAGGAAAUGGUCUAGUCCAAUUACCUAAAACUUUGUCAGACGGCUAUGAUAAUCUUCAAGAACUCCAUUUGGCCAAUAAUAAAAUAACUAGCAUUGAGAUUAAUCAAUUGCCAACAAAUCUAAGAUGGCUGGAUAUUCGAAAUAAUAGCAUAACUUCCUUAAAUUCAAAUGUUGCUGAAUUUCUAUUGAGUCGAAAAGAUAAAUUUACAUUGCUUCAAUCUGGUAUAUAUUGGAAAUGCAAUUGCAACAAUACGGAUCUUUUAAAUUAUCUUAAUUUACUGAAAAAACAAGUAAAUCUUGAGUAUCAAAAUAAAGUAGUUGACAAUUCUGUACACUUUUACCAUCUGAAAGGACCUUGUCCGGAUCCCUGCACUUGUUGUGUCAAUCGAUCAAAAGUUACUGAAGAAUUUAUAAUUAACUGCACACGCAAAGACUUGAAGACAGUUCCCAUUUUGCCGAUUAAUAUUAUUGGACGCUCAUCACUUAUACUGGAUGAUAAUCUUAUUGAAACUCUUUCAACCUCAUCCUUAAGAAGCUCCACACUGGGAGAAUUACACUUAAAGAAUAACAGUAUUACCCGUCUUCAUUUGGAACAACUGCCAUCGAAUCUCCGAGUCCUGGAUAUUCGACAAAAUAAUUUGACAGGACUUGAUGACGAUGUGACACUGUUUAUAUUGAAACUAAGCAAGUUUUAUGUGUCUGAAAAUUCUUGGCUAUGCAGUUGUAAGUCUUAUACAUUUCUUGGCCAUCUCAAGAAACAUUUUCUCACAGAACACCAAGCAGCUUUAAGACAUUGCAGUGGACAAGAUUAUUGCCCCAACCAAUGCACCUGUUGCAAAGAAGUUGAGAGCUACAGGUUUAUUAUUAACUGCAGUAAUCUUGGAUUGAUGGAGAUACCCUCAAAACUACCCAUUACCGGGAAUGCUACUCUGCUGUUUGAGAAUAAUAAGCUACAGUCCUUGAAAGAGACCUCUAAAAUCUAUGGUUUUAAUGAACUUAAGGAACUUCAUCUGAGAUAUAAUAAUAUAACAAAUAUAGAGAAGCUUCCAGCAAAUAUUCAAUUUCUAGAUUUAAGAAACAAUUCUCUAAAGACACUGGGUGAGAAUUUAAUAGAAUUUUUAAUCCACAAAUCGAGUAUAUCCAAUCUCACCAUAUUCAUAUCGGGCAAUAAAUGGAUUUGUCAAUGCAAAGAAAUAGAUUUUUUCCGAUUAGCCAAGGAUCUGGUUAAGAAUAUCAAGGACCUAUGCAAGACAGAAUGCCAAGAUCAUAGAUUGUUAGUCUCUCUGGAGGAGAAGGAUUUGUGCGCUGAAAAAAUUCCCGUUUAUGUCAUCUACUUUACGUCAUUUAUAUUGUUAAACUGCCUUCUGAGUUUCCUGCAGUGCUUCUGGAAGUCCAUUGUAAUGUGGCUAUACGAGAAGAGAUUGUUUCUAAGACUUACCACUCGUCUGGAGAAGGGUACGGAAACAAAGUAUGAUUGCUUCUUGGCCUACUGUCACAAGGAUUUGCAUUUCCUAAGCGAAUAUGUGGAAAAAUUGGAGAAGGGACGUAAUCAACUACGUCUUUGCUUCUACGAACGAGAUUGGCUAGCCGGUGAACCGAUUCCCGAUUGCAUUUGCCAUUCUGUCGAAAAUUCCAAGUGCACGGUAAUCUUAAUGACCAAAAAUUUCUUAAAAUCUGCUUGGGGUCGUCUGGAGUUUCGACUGGCCCUACAUGCAACCUCCAAGGAUCAGCAUAAGAGGCUCAUUGUCAUAAUUUAUCCGGAUGUGGAAGACUUUACUGAACUGGAUGGCGAAUUAAAUAGCUACCUGAAACUGAAUACUUUUAUAAAACGGAACGCUGAAAAUUUUUGGAAUAAGCUUACCUUCGCCUUGCCCCACAGAAUAAUAGAGGAGAGCCAGGAAUUGGAGACAAUUGAUAUUGAACCUUAACGAUACAUUAUAAUGUCGAUAAUUAUGUAAUCAAUCGAGGCACUUUUAAAAAAUUAUCGAUGUCGGACAACUGUACCCCAAUUCCAUCAAGGGCGAACCGUUGGGAGGGUUCACUAAAGUUAAGGAGACCCGUUUGGGAAUAUUCUUAAUCUUAAUCAUGAAAAGCAUUAUAUUUAUUGCGUCAAUCACUCUCAGUUUAAAUGCCAACUUAAUGAAACGCGGUGUUAAAAACAAAUUCCUAACUUUGCGUUUAGUUUUAUAUAUAUAGGUUUAGUUUUACAUACCA